AGAAGAAGAAGAAGAAGAAGAAGAAGAAUGAAGAGGUGGGAUGACAGUGUUUAACGUUAGUUAAAAUUCUGACCGCUGACAAUAAACGGAUGUAAUAAAAGGAGUCUGCCUGUUAAACCAGUAUUUCCUUGACCCAACAGAAUAGACAUUCCUGGUGAACGUGAGAAGAUGGUUUUGAAAGAAAUUCCCACAGAAAACAUAACUCGCCCUUUGGGCCGGAAUGAGGUCAUAGGUUUACUCUUCCGUCUCACAAUAUUUGGCGCUGUCACCUAUUUUACAAUAAAGUGGAUGGUUGAUGCUAUCGAUCCAACAAGAAAACAAAAGGUUGAGGCACAAAAACAGGCAGAGAAACUCAUGCGGCAAAUUGGAGUGCAGAAUGUGAAGCUUUCUGAAUAUGAGAUGAGCAUUGCAGCUCAUCUUGUGGAUCCGUUGACAAUGCAGAUUACAUGGCAUGACAUUGCUGGUCUGGAUGAAGUCAUUACUGAACUGAAAGACACCGUUAUACUUCCAAUCCAGAAAAGGCAUCUGUUUGAAGGAUCCAGACUUCUUCAGCCACCCAAAGGUGUGUUGCUGUAUGGGCCUCCAGGCUGUGGGAAAACUCUCAUAGCCAAAGCUACUGCCAAAGAGGCUGGUUUCCGUUUCAUCAACCUGCAGCCAUCCACUCUCACAGACAAAUGGUACGGAGAGUCCCAGAAACUGGCUGCAGCCGUGUUUUCACUGGCCAUCAAGCUACAGCCCUCCAUUAUCUUCAUCGAUGAGAUUGAUUCCUUUUUAAGGAAUCGCUCAAGUUCAGAUCAUGAAGCCACGGCUAUGAUGAAGGCUCAGUUCAUGAGCUUAUGGGACGGCCUCGAUACUGACUACAACUGCCAGGUCAUAAUAAUGGGAGCCACCAAUCGGCCACAAGAUCUCGAUUCUGCUAUUCUCCGAAGGAUGCCUACAAGAUUCCACAUCAAUCAGCCUAAUGUCAGGCAGAGGAAGGACAUCCUGAAGCUGAUCUUGGAGAAUGAGAACGUGGAGUCCGCUGUGGAAUUAAGUGAAAUUGCAAAGCAGACUGAUGGGUUUUCUGGAAGUGACCUUAGAGAGAUGUGCCGAGAUGCUGCUCUUCUGUGUGUGCGUGACUUUGUUCACCAAGAAAGUCCAGAGGAAGACUUCAUCCGUCCCAUCAGGCAGGAAGACUUGCAGAGGGCAAUCGAGAAAAUGAAGAAGUCCAAAUCUGCAGGAGUGCAUGAGGCAUUUAUGCAAGUACCACUGGACUAAUCCCGAUGCUGCUGUUUUAAAAAAAA